AUGGAUUCUAAGAUGCAAGACAGCCACAAGUCGUUUUUGAUUAAAGAUUUGCUUGGAGACGUAUUGAGACCCGGAGCGGCUCAUCUGAUCGGUGCGGUACACAAUGAGGACGAACAAGCAACUAGGUGUAAUUCGACACCCACAAGCCAGAACUUGGAAGCUUCCGACUUAGAAGAUGAUAUUUCUGUCGGAGACAAUCGCAGUGAAACAUCUACUCCGAAAAGGCAACCUGCAUUUGAAAAUGGCACCGAAAAUUUUCAAAACAAAACAGAAUCGGGAGAGAGGGAUUGUUUGUCACCAGUCGAAUACAAUUCGAGUAAUCGAAUAUCGAAUUCCAAUUACAAUUCGCCCUUUAAAGAAGACGAAAAUGAAUAUGAGAGUCGGACGGAAGAACAAAUAAAAUUUUACGAUAGCAGUCUUUUUCAUUUGUAUAGGUCCGACAGGGAGAGUAACAAAGACGGCACGAAUGAGAACAAUUCAGCAUUUGGACGCAUUAAUGGAUCUUUAUCAGAAACUAUCUAUGGUCGGUCCAUGGACUUGUCUAAGAAUUCCUUUCAGUCGCAACUGUUAGCUGGAUUUGCUGCUUCCGUUAUCGCUGGAAAUACACAGAGAGAAUCACAGGAAUCUUCAGAUCGGCAGCAGCAGUCACGCGGCGCGCCGGGCUCCGGUCGCAAGCCGCGGCGCCGACGAACUGCCUUCACUCACGCUCAGCUGGCGUACCUCGAGCGCAAGUUCCGCUGCCAAAAGUACCUCAGCGUCGCCGACCGCGGAGACGUCGCCGACGCGCUCAAUCUGAGCGAGACGCAGGUCAAGACCUGGUACCAGAACAGAAGGACAAAAUGGAAACGCCAGAAUCAGCUGCGGCUGGAACAGCUGCGCGCCCAAGCGGCAACGGGCGACCGUGACCUCAGUGCGCACACGCUGCCGCUCGCCUGCGCGCUGCUGCCGCCUUACCCGGCCUACAUGCACUGCCAUCUAUGA